AUGCAAAUACGUUCAACAUUAGAUACAAAUUCAGAUAAUUUAUUUACAAAUAUUGAACGGUUAGGUACACGUGAUUUAUUAUCCUAUGGACAACUUUCACAUGAUACUAUAUUAACAUCAAUCCAAAUGUUAAUACUUUCACGUAUUUAUACAUUAUUACAACGACCAAAUAAAAAUACAAAUUCAUUAAAUAAUGACCAUGUUAAUAAAGAACAAACAAUAAUUGAUAGUUCAUCAAUAAUAUCAUCAUCAGAUAAUAUUCUUAUUGAACUUGUUGAAGAAUUAUAUGCACGUACAAAACAAUCAUCAACAUUACCAUAUGAAGCUUUACUUUUAUUACGUCCUUUAUCAUUAUUACUUGCACAUAUUAGUUUUUUUUUUCGUGCUUUAAUUAAUGCACGUUAUUCAGCUAAAGUUAAUGAAUGGACUUUAUUAUCAAUGACAAAUAUUGCACAAAGAAAAUCACUAUGUAUGGCUAUAUGGGGGUUUUUAUUGAUGUUAUCACGUUUCAGUAUUCGUUUCGAAGAAUCACACAAUCGUUUAUUUCUUAUUGCUGAUCGAAAAUAG